ACCAAAAAUUCCUUUCCUUCGUCGUCUUCGCCAAAACCAUCAAUGGCGAAAUUCCUCCCUCUAUGAAAUCCCAAAACCCCUUAAUCAUGUCGUCCGCGCUCUCAACCCUCUUCUCUAAAACCCCAAUCAAGCUCUCCCCAUCUCAAAUUUCCCCUCGAUUUCAUCACAGCGAUACCCCAUUCCCGCCAACAUAUUCACCACUAACCAAAAAGGCGAAACCUUUGAACAAACUCCAGAUUUCCCACAGCUUCCACGGCUCAUUCAAGAAAUCUAUUAAUGGGUUUCCACUAAAUAAAAGUGGAUUUUCGGUAAAAGCUCAAAAUGAAGAGACGGAUUCAGAUAUUCGUGGAGAAAGCAGUAUGCCUGAAAAAUUCAGAUAUUUGACUAAAGAAGCUUCAGAUAAACCUGCUAGAUGGCCCUUUCUCACUGUGCUGGCGUUCUUGCUGUACUCGUGGAGAGCCGUAUUGUGGGAACUUACGAACUGGAGAAAGGCUCUCGGGGCUCUAACUUGGUUCCUGGGAUACGUCUCGAAACUGGCAUUGGCCUUCGUAUCCCAUUUUGCCGGAGAUCCCCUCACCUCCACUAUUCGCCUAGCGGGGACAGCAUUCUACAGUAUCCGAUCCUUCUACUCCGGUGUAGUCGCAUAUGCUCCGAUCCCGGAUCUGACACUGAUCAUCACGCUGACAUCCGCUGUCCUCGCCGUUGCUGAGACCGCCUCCCCUGACUCCGUGAACAGCCAGCUCUCUCUGCUCACCCUCGCAGGCCUGAUCGGCUUCGCUGCUGUCCGAAGCUACGUCACCGAGCUCGUCUUCUGGACGUUACUCGUGGGUGUGUUCUGUUUCGCUAGGUUCGUGAAGAGGAGGGAUUAUGUGUCGUCGGCUUUGCCCCUUGCCGCGGUUCUGGCUGCUGUAGGGGAGCCGUGGGUGAGGAUCGCCGCGAUGGGCUCCUACUUGGCCUUGGCUGUCCUCCACCACGCCGGGAACUUGGGGGACGAUGUGCGCACCCGGGCGAUAGAAAGGGUGCCGACUCCACUGCUGCUCGCUGCGUUGGCGAUAGGCGUUCGAGUCGCUGCGAGAUGGGCGGGGUCCCGGCAUUUGACAUGGAUGAUUGUUUAGGUCUUGGUGAAUCAGCCAGAACCUCAUAGCCCAUAGGGACAGGUAAAUGGUUAGGGAAUUUUUGAGAAAAUAGAAAAAGUAUUUUCUUCAGUUUGUAUCUUAAUAUUUGGUUCCAAUUUUGUAGAGAAGUGUAGUAAUUUCAAUGUUUCAACUUUCAAAUU